CAGGAAGGCAGAGAGGGCCCCUGGGAGGAGGCAGUGGGAGGGCGGAGGGCGGGGGCCGGGGCUCUGCCCGAGCCUUUGGGGUGGUCAUCCUGGGCAGGGGGAGCGGCUGAGGUGUGGAAGGGGAGGAUGCGCCUCUCCAAAACCCUCGUCGACAUGGACAUGGCUGACUACAGUGCCGCGCUGGACCCAGCCUACACCACCCUUGAGUUCGAGAACGUGCAGGUGUUGACGAUGGGCAAUGACACAUCCCCAUCAGAAGGUGCCAACCUCAACGCACCCAACAGCCUGGGGGUCAGCGCUCUGUGUGCUAUCUGUGGGGACCGAGCCACAGGGAAACACUACGGUGCCUCGAGCUGUGACGGUUGCAAGGGCUUCUUCCGGAGGAGCGUGAGAAAGAACCACAUGUACUCCUGCAGGUUUAGUCGGCAAUGCGUGGUGGACAAAGACAAGAGGAACCAGUGUCGUUACUGCAGGCUAAAGAAGUGCUUCCGGGCUGGCAUGAAGAAGGAAGCUGUGCAAAAUGAACGGGACCGGAUCAGCACUCGCCGGUCAAGCUAUGAGGACAGCAGCCUGCCCUCCAUCAAUGCAUUGCUGCAGGCCGAGGUCCUGUCCCAGCAGAUCACCUCUCCCGUCUCUGGGAUCAACGGAGACAUUCGGGCGAAGAAGAUCGCCAGCAUCGCAGACGUGUGUGAGUCCAUGAAGGAGCAGCUGCUGGUGCUCGUUGAGUGGGCCAAGUACAUUCCUGCUUUCUGUGAGCUCCCUCUGGAUGACCAGGUGGCCCUGCUCAGAGCCCAUGCCGGUGAGCACCUGCUACUCGGAGCCACCAAGCGAUCCAUGGUGUUCAAGGAUGUUCUGCUUCUAGGCAAUGACUACAUCGUCCCUCGCCACUGCCCAGAGCUGGCCGAAAUGAGCCGGGUGUCCAUGCGCAUCCUCGACGAGUUGGUGCUGCCCUUCCAGGAGCUACAGAUCGAUGACAAUGAGUACGCCUGCCUCAAAGCCAUCAUCUUCUUUGACCCAGAUGCCAAGGGGCUGAGCGACCCGGGCAAGAUCAAGCGGCUGCGCUCGCAGGUGCAGGUGAGCCUGGAGGACUACAUCAAUGACCGCCAGUACGACUCCCGAGGCCGCUUCGGUGAGCUGCUGCUCCUGCUGCCCACCCUGCAAAGCAUCACCUGGCAGAUGAUCGAGCAGAUCCAGUUCAUCAAGCUCUUCGGCAUGGCCAAGAUCGACAACCUGCUGCAGGAGAUGUUGCUGGGAGGUCCGUGCCAGGUCCAGGAGGGGCUGAGAGGGUCCUCCAGUGAUGCACCUCAUGCCCAUCAUCCCCUGCAUCCUCAUCUGAUGCAGGAACACAUGGGCACAAAUGUCAUUGUUGCCAACACGAUGCCCUCUCACCUCAGCAAUGGACAGAUGUGUGAGUGGCCCCGACCCAGGGGGCAGGCAGCCACCCCUGAGACUCCACAGCCCUCGCCCCCAGGUGGCUCAGGGUCUGAGCCCUACAAGCUCCUGCCAGGAGCCAUUGCCACAAUCGUCAAGCCCCCCUCCGCCAUCCCCCAGCCGACCAUCACCAAGCAGGAAGUCAUCUAGCAAGCCGCUGGGGGUCAGGGGCUCUGCUGGCCCUAGCCCCCUCCGAGAGCCCCAGUGGUCACUUGUUCACAGUGAAGGAAGCCAUGACAACAAGGCCAGUCUCAGGGCAGCAGUGGAAAGGCCAGGAGACCAAGAACUUGGGCUGUGGGCUGCAUCCCAUUGCUGUCCUCCACCCCCUGCUCUGGAUGAUGGGGCUUUGACUUGCGGAGACCGCAGCUGGAAAAUCUUCUGGACAACUUCUCUCACUGAAGCCACUGCCUUCCCCUUCAUCAUACCUACUGCCAAUUGCUUCAGCCCCGAAGGACAGCUGUCUGGAGACAACAGGGGACCUCACUCAAACCUUCCCCUUCAGACCGGUACUCCUUUUUCCAAGUACUGUCCUAGUCCCCAACACAGACCCCUUCCAGGCUGGGUCAGACCAGGGCAUCGGACCCUUCCCUGUUCUGCUGCCAACCCCCUCCAAUGCUCCCUGUACCUGCCACCUCACCUUCCUCUCAGCCAUCUUAAUUUCUCCAUAGCCACCUCUCCAGAAGCUGACGAAGACUUGCAAACAAUCCCCCAGUCAUUCCAGGAGCAUUCUUACAGCACUAGCUGGAUGAGGCACCACGUGGGAGAUUGUUGAGAAGGAAGACACCAUUCCACCUCUGACGCGUGGCUCCUCCCUUCUUAGGGAAUUGGGCGGGGUCCUUGGGGGUGAUGCUCCCCACAGGGUAUCAACGAGAGGACAAUCCCAGGUGGACAGCUGAACUUGGAGGGGCUGAGGUGGUCAGAGAAACCACUGGGAAAGGGGCAGAGUCUGCACUAGGCCUUUCAGAAAGGGCCAGAUUCCAGCUGGUAGAGCAGGUGACAAAGGACUUUCCAACGAAGGGCAAACAGUCUGGCAAGACCUCAGGUUGGAAGAAGGGCCUGAGAGGGAGGCGAUGGAAAGACCAGGCUGGCUGGAACAGCACAGAGGUCUUGAAUGCCAGACUGAGGCACUGAGGUUUGGGCUCCUAGGCCGAGAGCAGCUGGGAGGACAUGCAGGGGGUGGGGGUGGGGGGAUCGGGGAGGACAGAUGGGGGCUGAGGAUGUGAUCCAGGUGAGAGUGAGGAGACCUGGAGAUGAGAAUGGAUGGGUGCAUGCUCAGCUCAGAAGGAGGUUAGGGAGGAGGUACCCCCACAUCUGUCCUCUACCCCCACCCCAGGGCCGAUCUCAAACUCUGCCUCUUUUCUGGCGUUGUGUUAAGGCACUUGACAUGCAACAUCUUCUAUGUCCUCUCUAUUACCCAGAGACUGUUGCGGAAGAGGAAAUUGAAAUCUAAGUGGUUACGCGAUUUUCCUGCAACUAGCACAGCUGAUAAGGGGCUGAGUCAGGAUUUGAUCCUGGGGUGCCUGGGUCAGAACAGGAGCUCUUAACCUCGGGGGCUGAAAAGGGCCCCUCUGUCUUCCCUGUGAUCCGGUUGAGGGACUUCCUGCCCCCAUCACCCGCCUCAGAAGCCAAAGUCUUAUUCUUCCCAGGGCCCUGCCAACAUCUUGGACUAAGAUUGGCUUGGAGUUAUACUAACGUCCAGGUAGGGUCCAGCAUCCUGUCUGCUGAAAAGUAGGAGAAUUCAUAACUGCUGGACCCCUUUUCUCUCCUCACUCCCCAAGCCUGGGGGAGGGGUAGCAGGGGUCUCAUUCUUGGGUGAUGUGUGCUGGCAGUCCAGAAGUGGGAUAGUUCUGGUGAGCCAGGGAGAGAUGAGACCUGGGUUUGAGCACUGCUCUGGAAAUACUAAGCCCCAAGAUGUAACAGCUAGUACAUCAUCCAUGCAGAAUUUUGGUGGCUUUGGGAAAAUUCUGGAAAAUGCCACUAACUAGUGGAAAUGAAAGAGAUGUGUCCUGGGGCCAAAGCUGUGCUGAGGGAGGAGAGUGAACAGUUAGACACCCCAGGCUGACCCUUCUGAGUGGACAGGGGCAAGACCCAGUACCCCCAAAUUCCACUAUUAGUGAUUGCUCCUUUUUGUGAAAGAGGCACAUAAGGCGGCUUGAGGGCAGUAUGUCCAAGAGAGACCUCUCCAUGUCCAGUGGUCCCAGGAGCAGCCUGGCCAUGCUGCUUCACCAAGUCCCCAGGCCCAGGAGAGACUUUCCUGCUCAGAGCUCCCGAGCCUUCCCCAGUCAUCCCUUACUCCAAGUCCCCAGAAAUCCCAGUCAGGGAGACCAGACUCAUCUGGGGCAAGGUGAGGAAGCUGGAAUCAUUCUGUCAUUUUGGUCAUUUCCACUCUUUGCUCCUCCAGCCUCCAGUGUUUCUCAGCCCUCUGUUGUGAGAGUGAAGUUAAAUAAGAAUUUUCCAGAGGUUGGAGUAGGGUAGCGGUGGCUUUUAACGGUAGCAGACUUCUGGGUCAGGGGCUCAGUCCUCAACCCCAAAUUAACCCAUCCAGGAGGAGAAAUCCAUUCGAUUUUAAUAAUUUUAUUGUAAUGUACAAAGCACAAAACAAAGAGCAAUUUAGUUUUCUAAUUCUGAGGACAUGGCAUUGGAAAGUCUCCCCCCCCCCCCCCCGUUUCUCUCUUUCUCUUACAGCACAUGAGUUCUGGUCCUAAAAUAUAAAAUCUGGAGAACUAAACAAGGAUUGGGAGGGUGAGCAUGGACCCUACAGUUCUUCCCCAAGACAGCCUCUUCUCUGGGCAGCUCUCAGGAGCUUCCAGAAUCCAUAUGACUCCCUGCAGCAUGGACGGAGAAGGCUAGGAAACAGAUGCUCCUGGGUUUUUUGUGAUGACCAGGCCAAUUACUUUUGCCAAAUUGUUCUGUGAUUUUCCCUGAUUGGGAUGAAUUGUGAAAUUUAUACCAAGCAAUUCCGGAAGCAGGCUGCUUCCUGCAGGUGUGAAUGCACUGGCUCCUGUCACUGCUACCCAAUGGGGCAAGGAAGCAAAACAAAACAAAAAAACAAAAAAACAAAAACACAAAAAAACAUUUCUUACUCUUGUGUGUUUUAACAAAAGUUUAUAAAGCAAAAUAAAUGGCACAUAUGUUU